CUCCAUUAUUGUCACCUACAACUUCAGCAUACAAUUAACUUGGAUAAGGCUAGUAAAAAAGAUAUUUAUAAGGUUGAUCAGUUGCAAGUGAUACCACAUGAUAAAGCCAGAUUACCUAUCUCUGUUCUUCCUGUUAUUAAUGAUUUUAAAAUUGUAGAAGAAAACUUAGCUAAAGAACUA